CCCCUGGAUAAACCCCUGGAUGCCGGCGCACUUCCAGAUCCUAUCUCGCAAUAUUUGCGCCUUGCGCAGCAGUCGAUAGGAGUUAUCGAGAGAGGGAGAGGAAGAGGAUCGCAUCGCCUAGUGAGGCUUGGGCGGAUACGCAGCACGCUCAAUGGAGGCUGGAAGCUGAAAGCUAACGACCUGCUCGUCAUUUCUAUAGGGUAAUGCCCGAAGUGCCCCAGAAUAUGCAAGAGGACCUUCAGCGCAUGGAGCUCGAAGCCCGCGAAGCCGCUCCAAGAAGAGAGUCAAAAAUUGCGGACAGCUUCAAGCCUUUCCAAAGUCCCGCCAUCGGUGCGACAGCGAUGGACGCGCCGUCUUUUUCACCAUUUCCCAAGAUAAAGGGAGAGAACAUCCCCCCGAGCGACGAGGAGAAGGAAGGCAUCCUUUGGCAGGCGCGCGCCCUCGUCCUCCACUCCAAUAAUGUCUCGAUGCAGGUAACGUGGGCUAGGGAUACACUGUUAUGGAUCGAGGUGUCUGCCGAUGCGCAUGCCCGGGAAUGGAAGCGGACGGGGAAAGGCAGAGAACGGCCGCCGACGCCCAAGGCCGAGCACGACCUGCGCGUCGACGCCGUUAACAUCAUCGGAUACCUGGCCGACCAAGACCACCCGGAGGCGACCUUUAUGAAGGGCAAAUGGCUCGAAUUCGGCAAGUUUGGCUUCCGCGAGGACAGGAGAGAAGCAUACACCCUCUACAAGAAAGCGGCCAGGGGCAAGAACGGGCGCGCAGAAUACCGGAUGGGCAUGUUGUACGAGAACUCCAACGACAUCCUAAAUGCCAUCAAGCACUACGAGUAUGGCGUGGAUAUGGACGACUCUGCAUCAAAUUACAGGUUGGGGAUGAUGCAUCUCAUGGGACAACACGGCUUCCCACGCGAUUAUCUGCUGGGCCUGGAGAUGAUUCAAAAGGCGGCCGACACGUCAGACGAGGACGCACCCCAAGGGGCAUACGUCUACGGCAUGCUCAUUGCUCGGGAGCUACCUGACAUCACCGUCCCAGAAACAAUCCUGCCGUGCGACCUCACCGUCGCCCGGCAAUAUAUUGAGAAGGCGGCAUAUCUCAGCUUUUCCAAGGCGCAGCUCAAGAUGGGCCAGGCCUACGAACUAAGCCAGCUUGGUUGUGAUUUCAACCCUGCAUACUCUCUUCACUACUACGGCCUCGCGGCGCGUCAAGGGCAGCCCGAAGCAGCGUUAGGUGUGAGCAGGUGGUUCUUGUUCGGGUUUGAGAAUGUCUUCCCGAAAAACGAGCAGCUGGCGUUUAAGUAUGCCCAAGAAGCCGCCGAGUCAGGGCUCGCAACUGGCGAAUUUGCAAUGGGCUACUAUCAUGAGAUCGGGAUCCACGUGCAGAAGAAUAUCCGGGAAGCACGCAGGUGGUACGAGCUGGCGGCUGAGCACGGGAACAAGGAUGCACUUGAGAGAAUCGAGUCUCUGAGCCAGUCGAAGACGCUGACAAAGCAAGACCACGAAACUACAACUUUGACGCGUAUAAAGUCUCAACAUGGAUCACAGCGUGGCAAGCGACCCGACAGGUUCGCAAGACAGCCCGCAGUCCUACCAACCCUGAAGGAGUCGGAGCCGGCGCCCGGGGCCGACGACUCGAUUGAGUUUCCGGAUCCUGAGCGACCUAGCAGCAUGAACUCGCGGACGCCUGCAUUUACCGUUAAUAUUGACUCGAGCCUUGCUAUGCGGCCAAAGUCUGCCGCCCCUUAUCCCCUCGACGACAGACCGGCAGCCCUCAACGUCCGGCCUAAAUCCACUGCCCCAUAUCCAGAAGACGAUAUGCUCGUCCAAAGGCCACAGUCACAGUAUCAAAACCCGUCCGCCCGCCUCUCCAUAGGUGCUGGGCCGCAGGCAGACCGGCCAGGCAGUGCAUUUGGUAUUCGCCCGCUUUUACCCAACAACAACCCGAACCCGAACACCAACCCCCCUUACCCUCAGCCAGGUGCUGGCCGUGGCUCUUACCCGCCAAACCAAGCUGUAGGUGCUGGGUGGGAGCCACAGGUGCCGUCCAGUUAUCGGCAGCCCAGCGCUAGCCCCUCAAGACAAGAGUAUAGAAACGAGGGUCAACAAUGGAAGCCGCAGCCAGACCUGCCAUCUCAGCGUCUGGGAUCGACGAAUGUUGGACCUAGAGUUACCGUCCCAGCUGGAGCUGCUCCUGUGGGCGACCCAACUCGGAACCGCCUGCAAAAGUUUAAUCCCAGCAUUACUAGUCCUCCUCAACCGGGACCGCAAAGCCCACCUUACGGUCAGCAGUCAAGGCCUGGCUACGCGUCGCCCCCCAACCCUGCAGCUCCUGGCUACGCUUCGCCACCCAGUAUGACCAGCCCCGGCGGUCAGCCCGGCUACGGCCCACGGACUGCCAGCAGGCCGGUUAGUGAUACUUACGAUCGCUACGAUCGCUACGGUGCUGGGCCCCCACCUGCGGGCAGCCGAUUGUCUUCCUCGGUAAGCGCAGGAAACCUGCAGCCACAGAGGCUCGACAACCUCCCCGCGCCAGGUCACGCGAGGCUACCGUCGGGCGGGCCGAGCCCACUGAAACAACGGCCGGUUCAACCUGAUGGGCGGGCCACCGCGCCUCCAUCACAGAAUAUGAGGCCGAACCCCUCGCCAACAGGACCCAGUCCCGGUCCUAGCCCCGGCCCCAGCCCCAAUCCUGCGAGCCAGGCAUCAAGCGCGGCGAGCACGCCCAACCUGCCUGGUCAGCUGGGGCGCCCCGGUGGCAAGCCAGCCCGAGUCCCGACGGACCAUCCGGAUGGAAAGACGAUGGGUCAGGGGCCCGCGACUUUUGAGGAGAUGGGAAUCCCCCAGGGAAAGAACGAGGGCGACUGUGUGAGUAUUGUUAUGGCCCCAUUCCGGAGCCUUUUCCGGUUUCUUUGCUGACAUGCGUAUUCAGGUUGUGAUGUGAAUCAAGUGGAUGGGUCACGUUGGGACAGGAGGAUGGUGGCUGGGAUUUUAUCCGGCAUUCUGUUAUUGGUUGAAAUUACGCUCGCAUAUUACCCAGCGAGUUUUGUUCCUCUCUCUCAUCAGACGGAGGAAUAGAGGCUAUUGCUUUGGAGCUUUACUGGGGCGGUGAUGGUUUAGAUACCAUCAAUAUUCUUCCAACUUUCACG